UCCCUUGUUAAUUUUUCCCCUCUGUUUAUGUUUUUGUUAUUUAUAACUGAAGAAAUUUACCCAGGAUGGCUACAGAAGAAAAAGUCGUUUCGAAAAAGAAGCAGUCCAGGAUGAUUCGAAACGUACUUUGCCAACCGUUUAGUACACCUUGGCCUAGGAUUAACGAAGAAGAAGCACAACUGUUGGUUCCAACACUUAAAAGUGCUUUGAUUCCUAUGAAAAUUGAAAAGUUGAAAGCACCGUGGAAAGAUCUACGUAAGCUAAAGAAAGAAGAAAGAAAGGAAAAGACAAUUGCAUUUUUAAAUUCUCUUCCCAAAGAACAAAAGGAAAUACGCAAUGAAGCGCUCAAGUUGAGAGAUCUUCUAUUCUUUGGAAUCAAUUCUGUUUCAAGAGGUGUUGAGAAUAAAUUAGUCCAAUUUUCUGUAGUCGCCGAUGAAGUCAACCCAAAAGUUCUGAUUAAGCAUUUAGUACAGCUUUUAUACAAUGCAGGAAUACCAGUUUUGCUCGUUCCAAACCUGAAGACUGUAACAAAUGAUUCCAUAGGAUUUCCUUGUGCUGCAAUCGGUUUCAAGAAAAUGGAGGAUAGCAACAAAAAUAGGUUUUCAGAGUUGGAAAGUGAAUUUAUGAAAUUAUUUAAUUCAAGAAGUUGUACAAAUGUAUUGAAUGAAAAUGCUAAGCUGGAGAGUAGCGAUGAUGAAGAUGAUAUGCCCCAAGCAAAAAUUAAUAAAUUUGAUAGUGGAACAGAAAACGGCAGUCCUCAUAUCGAAUCAAUAAUUAACAAAAACUGUGAUGACCAUAAACGAAAGAGUAGUACAAACCCUUCAAAUUUAGAAGCAACAAAAAAUAUAAAAAGUGAUAUACCUACUGAAAGUACACCUGUCAAUUAUUCAACAAACAACACACAUUAUCUUCCUCCUGUGAUAAAGAAGACACAGAGUAAUCCAUUUAAAAGGAGAAAAACAAGAAAAUAAAUUGAUGGAUUAGUAUUUUAAAAAUAUUUAAAAAUUUUUAUAAUCUGUUAUAUUUAAUUAAAAUAAAUAACUUUUCUAACCAGAGGAAUUA